CAUUGGGCGGUCUCGCGAGAAGAGAAGAGCAAGCGAGAGGCGUCCGCCUUGUGGUAGCGGCGCUCACGCGGGUUCUUUUCUUUUCCUCGUUGCCGUUAGUCAGGCUCUGUUUCCAUCAUGUCGGCCGUGGGGACGCUGGCCUUUGACGAGUAUGGGCGACCUUUUUUCAUCCUCAAGGACCAGGACCGGAAAACCCGCGUGACAGGCAUAGAGGCCUUGAAGUCUCACAUAAUGGCAGCCAAAGCAGUAGCCAAUACACUCAGAACGUCACUUGGACCCAAUGGACUUGAUAAAAUGAUGGUUGACAAGGAUGGUGAAGUAACUGUGACAAAUGAUGGUGCCACCAUUUUGAAUAUGAUGGAUGUGGAUCAUCAAAUUGCUAAACUUAUGGUUGAACUGGCAAAAUCUCAGGAUGAUGAGAUUGGGGAUGGAACCACUGGGGUUGUUGUUCUUGCAGGUGCUUUAUUGGAACAGGCAGAGCACUUACUGUAUCGUGGUAUUCACCCUGUGAGGAUAGCAGAUGGUUAUGAACAGGCUGCUCGCAUUGCCAUUGAACACUUGGACAACAUCAGUGACAGUUUUCCAGUUGAUCCAGAGAACACUGAGCCUCUUAUUCAGACAGCAAAGACAACGCUGGGCUCAAAAGUAAUUAACCGUUGCCACAGACAAAUGGCAGAAAUAGCUGUAAAUGCAGUCCUUACUGUGGCAGAUAUGGAACGCAGAGAUGUUGAUUUUGAGCUGAUAAAAGUUCAAGGCAAAGUAGGUGGUAGGUUGGAGGACACCCAGCUAAUCAAAGGUGUGAUUGUGGAUAAGGACUUCAGCCAUCCACAGAUGCCUAAAGAAGUUAAAGAUGCUAAAAUUGCAAUUUUGACCUGCCCGUUUGAACCUCCUAAGCCAAAAACGAAACAUAAGCUUGAUAUCGCAUCUGUGGACGACUAUAAGGCAUUGCAGCAGUAUGAAAAGGAUAAGUUCGAUGAGAUGGUGAAACAGAUUAAAGACACUGGUGCAAACCUAGCUAUUUGCCAGUGGGGAUUUGAUGAUGAGGCCAAUCACUUGCUGCUUCAGAACGAGUUGCCUGCUGUUCGCUGGGUGGGGGGCCCAGAAAUAGAACUGAUUGCCAUUGCAACUGGAGGUCGCAUUGUACCUCGAUUCUGUGAGCUCACCUCUGAAAAACUAGGAUUUGCUGGCAUUGUGAAGGAAAUGACAUUUGGAACAACUAAAGACAAAAUGCUUAUAAUUGAAGAAUGCAAGAAUUCCAGGGCUGUAACUAUCUUCAUUAGAGGUGGAAAUAAAAUGAUCAUCGAAGAAGCCAAACGAUCCCUUCAUGACGCAUUGUGUGUGAUCAGGAAUCUUGUUCGUGACAACCGCAUUGUUUAUGGUGGAGGUGCUUCUGAGAUUUCCUGUGCAUUGGCUGUUAGUGAAACUGCGGACAAGUGUCCAUCACUGGAGCAGUACGCCAUGAGGGCUUUUGCUGAUGCCCUGGAAGUUAUUCCAAUGGCGCUUGCGGAGAAUAGCGGUAUGAAUCCCAUACAAACCAUGACAGCAGUGCGAGCUCGCCAGGUGAAAGAAAGCAACACUGCUCUGGGCAUUGAUUGUUUACGCAAAGGGACAAAUGAUAUGAAGGAACAGCAUGUCAUAGAAACCUUAAUUGGCAAAAAGCAGCAGAUUUCUCUGGCAACUCAGAUGGUUAGAAUGAUUCUGAAGAUCGAUGAUAUUCGCAAGCCGGGUGAAACUGAAGAAUGAAAAUAUAACACCUAAAGGGAAAUCUUAAGUGGCCACAGCAACAGGACUCCCUCCCAUUUUGUUUUGUUCUCUUCUAUAGGCUACUUUUGUUAUUGUAAUUUAGACCAAUAAAUCACUGUUGUGGUUUCA